AUGGCCCGGUGGCUGCAGUCCGCGGGGCUGCAGCACCUCGCGGUAUCCUCCUCCGCUCCUGGGCCCGGGCUGGCGAUGGGGAUGGCCGGAGACCUCCGCGGCGGCGGUAUCCUCCCGAACCUUCUCAUGCAGGGGUAUGGGCCCCAAUCGAUCGAAGAAAAACAGAAACUUUACAUGCUAUUAAGGAGCCUGAAUUUUAAUGGCGAAUCAGCAUCUGCACCUAUAUCUGAGCCAUACACACCGACAACCCAGAGCUUCAGUGGUGGCCCCCCCAUAAAUGGAUUCUACUCACCCGAACUUAGAGGUGAAUACGGAGCUGGCCUUUUGGAUCUUCAUGCAAUGGAUGACAGUGAGCUUCUUUCUGAGAAUGUAGCAUCAGAACCAUUUGAAGCUUCACCCUUUGUGCCAAAGGAAACUGAUGACGAUGAGGACGAUAUAAUAUCAGGAAGCCAGCAAGGUCUAUCAGAAAAUUAUGGUGGUGCAAUCACAAGCGAAAAAGAUAGCAAUACUAAAGAAAGUAAUGUAGCAAAGAUUAAAGUUGUGGUAAGGAAGAGGCCUCUGAACAGAAAGGAAAUAUCUCGAAAGGAGGAUGACGUAAUAGAUGUACAUAAUUCUCAAUUCUUGACUGUUCAUGAACCUAAAUUAAAGGUGGAUUUGACGGCUUAUGUGGACAAACAUGAAUUCUGCUUUGAUGCUGUCCUGGAUGAGGCUGUAACUAAUGACGAGGUGUACCGGGAGACUGUGGAGCCCAUUAUACCAAUAAUUUUCCAAAGGACCAAAGCAACAUGCUUUGCAUAUGGCCAAACAGGUAGUGGUAAGACAUAUACAAUGCAACCCCUACCUCUAAGGGCUGCACAGGAUAUGGUUCAUCUUUUGCAUCAACCUGUGUACCUGAGUCAAAAUUUCAAGUUGUGGCUUAGCUACUUUGAGAUAUAUGGCGGGAAGCUUUAUGACCUUUUGAGCGAAAGGAGGCCACUCUGCAUUAGGGAAGAUGGAAAGAAACAGGUCUGCAUUGUCGGCUUACAGGAAUUUGAGGUUUCUGAUGUCCGGAUUGUCAAAGAAUACAUUGAGAGAGGAAAUGCCUCGAGAAGCACAGGAUCAACUGGGGCCAACGAAGAGUCAUCACGAUCUCACGCCAUUCUGCAAUUAGCUGUGAAGAAGCAUAUCCCAGUGACAGAGACCAGAAGACAGAGAGAUCGUGAGGCUAAUGAAGCUAAAAAUACAAAGCUUGUGGGAAAAUUGUCAUUUAUAGACCUUGCUGGAAGCGAGCGUGGUGCUGAUACAACAGAUAAUGACAAGCAGACAAGAAUUGAGGGUGCAGAAAUAAACAAGAGCCUUUUGGCUCUCAAGGAAUGCAUUCGGGCACUGGAUAAUGAUCAGAUACAUAUUCCUUUCAGAGGAAGCAAGCUAACCGAGGUGCUUCGUGAUUCGUUUGUUGGUAACUCUCGAACAGUAAUGAUUUCUUGCAUCUCACCGGGUUCAGGUUCAUGUGAACACACGCUAAAUACCUUAAGAUAUGCUGACAGGGUUAAGAGCCUCUCGAAAAGUGGCAACUCAAAAAAAGAGCAGUUCAGUGGGCAGUUUGUGUCCUCCAGCAAGGAAUCUACCCAUACAUCAUAUCCAUUAUCAGGUGAAGCUGAAGAAACUGUGGACCAGAUUGAAGAGAACAGACAUAUUGAUGCUUCAAGGAGUGUUGUUGAAAUCUAUAUGAGUUCUUCAGUGGAUCCUGAUAGGAACUCAUUUAGUAUGAUUCCAAGUUAUCCUCAUAGAGGAAGGGAAGAAACUAGUUCAACAUCUAGUUUGAAUGAUAGGGGGAGAAUUGAUUUCAAAUCUAACCCGACUGGUUAUAGUAGUAAAGCACAGUCACUUCAGAAUUCAGUUAAUUCACAAGAAGAAGAUAAAGUUACAAAAGGCUCACCUCCUCGGAGAAAAGCUAAUAGGGAGGACAAAUCUGAAAGGCAGAACAACUACGUGAAAAAGGAAAAUGGGGCAGAUGUAAAUCGGAUUGUUCACAAACAGCAACUGAAACAGCAGCAGCAAAGACCACUGUCUACUUCGGCAUCACAGGUUUCCUCGAGACAAUCUGAAAAGGAAAGUUCGUGUGAUGAGGAAAUAAAUGCAAUACUUGAGGAAGAGGAGGCAUUGAUAGCAGCUCACAGAAAGGAAAUUGAAAAUACUAUGGAAAUAGUGCGGGAAGAGAUGAACCUAUUAGCAGAUGUUGACCAACCAGGUAGCCUUAUUGACAAUUAUGUGGCACAACUGAAUUUUCUCCUGUCACGGAAGGCGUCCGGCUUGGUCAGUCUCCAGGCACGCUUAGCAAGGUUUCAACAGCGCCUCAAAGAAGAGGAGAUCCUUAGCCGUAAGAAACCAUCAAGAUAG